CAUCAACCAGCCAGAAAGUAAAUAAACAAAAGAAUGAAACUGACCGAGUGAAACGGUGAGACCGUGAAACCGAGAAACCGUCCUGGCAUCCACAUGUUUGCCGCUUACACCCAUGACUCCACGCCCCAGUCAGAUCCACAGCCGGAUGCAGUAACUACUCAGGCCUCGGGCCCCACCCGCGAUUGGUUGGCCCAAAGUAGCUACAAUCUACCGGCUCAUGCUUUAGGUCGAGGUGGGGCUCGAACCUGGUCCCAGUCCUCCUCCGCUUCCUCGGCUGGCUCCGCCUCUGAAGAUCGAACUCGAUCCCGAUCCCCAGCCAAGAAAAGCCGCCGUUCGAGUGAGGGUCGAUCCCGGGAUGAUCGGGACCAGAGGAAGACCAAGAAGAAAAAGAAGGGGAAAAAGGUGCGCCAAGAGGCGAGAGAAUGCUCCCCUCAAGCACGCCCUCAACAGCGGCUGAGUCAUGAGGAAUGGGUGGCUAAAUUUAGCACAUCCAAGAACUUUCUGGACGAAGUGGGUUUAAAGCCCGAGCAUGCCUUUCGCCAGGAUUGGGCUGGCGAUCGGAUGCUGCUCAAAGAGGCCAGACUGCCCCCGAACAUGGCCGCUUACGCCAAGAUCCGGAGUCGACAAGCACUGGGAGAUUGGGCAGGGCAGCCUCGAUCCCAGCGGAAUCCCCCGCCUCGUUUCUUUGACAAGGCUUUUGUCCGAUGUUUUUUAGGUCAGACCGUCCAGGAUUUGAGUCAGACGUCGCCGGAGACCUGGACCCAUGCGAGUCCGAAUUUUAUUCGCAUCCAUUACCCCUCAUCAGAUGUGAAAGAGAAUAGCCGAUUGAGGGAUGUGUAUGAUGCAGGUACGUUGGCUUACUCCCAAGGGCAAAGCCUCCCGGAAGCGGAGCCUGAGUUAGAUACGGACACGAUCAAGCUCCAUGAGGUACAACAAAAGACCAAAGAGUUCAAUGAGCAAUUGCGACAAGAACCGAAUGACAUCAGAUUGUGGUUGAACUUCGUUGAGUUCCAAAACGUGUCCUAUGAGAAUGCCUCGUUUGACGAGGUUUCCCAGCCCAAGAAGAUCAAAAAGAAGAAGGCCUCGAAGAAUGUGAUAUUGAAACAAAAGGCUUUGAUUGAGAAGAAACUGGCCAUUUUAAAGGCGGCCAUUGAUAAAAAUCCGCAAUCCAUCGAUUUGGCCGUGAAGCGAUUAGAUUUAUCCAAAGAGAUCUUGGACACCGCCACACUGGAUCGCCAAUGGCAAGAAUUGAUCUUCAUUUUCCCGCGAAAUCUCGACCUCUGGCAGCAUUAUCUUCGAUUCGUGGCCACCCAUUUCGCCUCCUUCUCGCUCGCCAAGACCUUAAAAGCCUUCCGAACAUGUCUCCAUAAGCUCAAGACCCUUCAAGGCCAUUCCUUCACCGCCAUCGUCGCCCAGGAACGCCCACCCGAUCUUGAGGCUCAUAUGCUCGAAAUCCUCUCUCAACUGACCCAUUUCCUAGCCAAGGCCGGUUUUCGGGAAAAAGCUAUUGGUCUCUUUCAAGCCAUGAUCGAACUCAACCUGUUCUCUCCGGAUUUUCCGGGAUAUUACUCGCUCGAGGAUCGUCUGGCUUUGUUUGAACCCUUCUGGGACUCUGGUGUGGCCCGAUUUGGUGAAUCCGGUGUUGUGGGCUGGCGCAAAGUUAUGGAAAAUAAAGACAAAAUGGCCAAACCCGAGAGUCACGCCCAGUCGUCGGAAAUUGAAGAUCAGAUCCUAAAGGAAGCGGGAAAUCGUGUUGCUCGCACUCGCUUAUGGCUUGAAUUGGAAAAAGCCCGUGAACGACGACAUUGGUGCCCGUGGCGUUCCAAUGAGGAAGACGCCGAGGACCCGGAUCGAAUGGUCACCUUUGAGGAUAUCUCGCCCUUUCUGUUUCAGUUCACCGAGCCUCACAUGUGCUUCAAACUCAUCCUGACGUGCUUGAAGUUCUUGGGCUUUCACUCCGAGGAUCAUCGCCUUGAAUUGAUCACAGUGAAUAGCCAAACCAUGCGGGAUGUCCUGCGUUUCUCUAAACCCGAGUGCCAAUCCGUGGAUCUAGAUUGGUCGUCGAUUUUGAGUCCGACCAAUCCUGGUUGGCAAGAAGACCAGAGCUUCGAGUCCUUUUGUCGCAACGUCUUUUCUCAAGGUUCUCGAAUCUUGUCCGAGCCUUACAAGACUCAAUUGAUUGUCCUCUGGUUGGGAUUUGAGAAACAAGUGUUUGAUCACCGCCUCCUAACCGCUCCGAAGAAGAAGCCUCUGGUGAAGGAGUUGAAAUCAUUGGUGAAGUCUUUGCUCCAAAGUGAUCAGAACAACAUGGACAUAUAUGUGGCUUAUGCCAAAUUGGAACAUAAGCUCGAAGGUUACGCCAAUUGCUGGAAGAUCCUUGAAAUGGCGUUAGUAUCGCACAACCAAGAGCCACAUCACGGCCUCUACACGGCCGCUAUUGCGUCGUCUUUACGAGAGCUCGAGGUUGAAGAGUCUCCAGAAAUCCGGAAUCGAAUCCUCUGGUUGGGAAUUCAAGCGUUGGAAGAUCGAGUCUACUCUCAAGAUCGUCCCAAUCCGAUUGAUCUGCUUCAAAAGGCCGAAGAGACCUUGAUAGAAAAGCAAAAUGUGGUCCAAGGGUCAUUGAUCAGUGAGAACGAUCCGCGAAUGUUCAUUCAAAGUCCAGUUAUCGAUUGCGUUCCCGAGGUGUUCCACAAGAUCUUUGCACUUGGAACGUUGCUCAAUCUUUAUCAAGGCCGGGACGAGGCCAUGAAAUUUCUCAAUUUCACUCAAGACAAAAUCAUGAAGGCGAUGAUGUCAUCGGAGGGACACAAAGCCCUUCUGGACCUUCUUCUGGAAAACGUGCUCAAGCUCAAACUCGAUCUGAGUUCCGGCAAGCAAGCCAAAGUGAUCCUCACUCUUAGCUUGGACCAUUUUCCUCGGAACGAGUACUUUCUUCAGAAAUUGUGCGAUCUUCAGGUCGCUCCUAAUGGGAUCGAUUCCACUUGGAGACACUUUGCUCUGUCCCUGUCCUCAUCGAGGUCAGAAUCCACACUACCUCAGAUCUACGCCAUCAAGUUACUCCUCAAGAACUACUCACAAACCAGGAACGUGGACGAGUUCUCUUCUUCCACAGCCGUGGCAUAUCUCUAUAGAAGUAAAUCUCUUCUCGAGGAUCAAGUGGAACACGAUCCAGGACGAACUUGUCCUGUCUUAUGGAGACUACUGCUAUGGAUCACCAAAGAGAUCCAUGUGAUUCAAGGCCGACCGGGACGGAACCUGGAUCAAAUCAGUACCGUGUUCUAUCGGGCUUUGCAGGAGUGUCCGGUUACCCGGGCUCUUUACCUGGAUUUCAUUGAGUAUUUGCACGUGGAUGGUGCUUGCGAGGUUGGCGAGUUGAAAAAGAUCCUGGAUAUUCUCAGUGAGAAGGAAGGCAGGGUUCGAUUGCCUUGGGAGGAAUUGGAGAUCCUCCUUGAGAAAGAAGAGGACCAAGAUGAUGUCGAAGACGAAGAAGAAAACGUGUUAUGAACGAACGGCUUCGGUGGUUUUUUUUAUUCUUGGAAUUAAUUAACUAUGCUUGAUAACGCGAUUACACAUAUUCAUGAUACACAAA